AAGUCAGGAGUGUAUGAGCACGAACACCCACCUCACGAGACCCAAUUGUUAAUGCGCUUGAAUGUAUCUAAAAUAUAACUAUGUUUUCAGCCUUACAUUUUCCUUCUGCCUCCUGAGAGAUGAACAUUCAGUGGGUGUGCUUUUGCUGUAGUUGGUAACAAAAUUUUUUCUUCUCUUAUAGUUGGUCCCAGUUGAGUGUUGUGGUAUCUUUGCCGUGCCGCGCCACGUUGAAACGCCUUCUGUGAAGAAUUUUUGUCACCAAAUUCAAAUUGCUUGGAAGUAUUAGUAUUUAGGACCCUGCGCUUUCAUGCCUAAUUUAUCUUUGUCCCGAAAUGACCAAGAAUGCCACACAAGACGAAGUUAAUGCUCACAUCGUGCAAACGCAUUCGUCGUGUCACACCAGCUCAUGACUGAAGCAUUUGCUCCGCGGCCGCGAGGGUACUAGAGAGGUUGCAUAAUCUGCUUUCGCGCGAACGUACUAACACACUGCUGGAAUGGCUGGACCUCGGUCAGGAGUAGCCGAAACAUGAACAGCACUAUGGGAGACGAUAGGGGAGUAGCAGACGCCGCAUCUGUCGAUGAGUCGUUGGACUUCCGAGGAAGCAGCGUCGGCGAUAACAUACAGGCCGCGAAUCGGGGACAGGCGACCGGAAUGGCAAUGCCACCAUCACCAGCAACAGCACCAUUUGCUCCACCAUUGCCACCAAGCGAGGAGGGUGGCCUCGGCGGUUGCUGUUGUUUGAGCGCGGAGCCUCCGAACGUGGCACCCAUGAGUGGAAGUGAACUGAUUGAUAUGCUUGUUGCGGAUUCACACGACGAACAAGCGGCAUCCUUUCUGGAGGCCUAUUUUGCGCUCCACGAGGACUCGUUCAACCUCUUUGGUGCGGUCGCGGUGGAGAAGGCAGUAAAGCUGGGGCAGUGCGAUACGUUGGAGGAAGUUUCAGAAUACGUGGAGCGACACCAAGGGGACGCAGACUGGCGUCUGUCGCUGGAAGCGAUAGCCCUAAAAGAAUCCCUAUUGCUCAUGGACCAGCUCAGGCAAAUUUGCAACUUCGUCAUCGAGGAUGAAUGUAAUGUUCAUUACCCAUAAAUAUAAAUGUGAAGUAGUUCUCCUUUGAGUAUGAGGUGCACACUGCUCGUCCCCCCAGUGCAACUUCAUUAUUAUGACUAGAUUCAUCAUUCCUCAAUAUUUGAUCGGCAAGCAGGGUAAUUCUACACUUCUUCGAUAAAAAUUCUGCUGGGAAGAAAAUCUUACAAACUGAAUAGAUUUAGAUGGUGAAUCAAUAUAGAUCACGCUGGACUUACUUCAUUGCAGUUUAUGUUGUUAAUCAGAUAUGUCCAAGUUUUCGUUAAUGAAAUUAAGAUAUUUUCUGUGACUGAAAUAGAUCAGCUCUUGUGGCGUUGCAGUGUCGCAGGAGCUGCUACAUAAAGCAACACCAGAAAUUCAAUUUCUGUGCCUAGAAAUAGAAUUAUGGUUACAUCGUCAGUACCAAAUCAGUGGAUUCGACUUACACACUACAGUCGGACCUCGAUCAGCGAAUGGAUCUAUUUCGGAUGGGACACGGCGCCGUAGAUUGGAGUUGCUGCACAAAAUUUUUUCGAAAAUCGUACGUCAUCCCCAUGACCCCAAAGUGAGGCAGAUUAAGAGUCGCGUCAUUUGCUCAAAAUUACUGGAAGCAAGCGGCUUAUCUCCAACUUGUGCUCCACCGCAUACGCCUUCGCCACCCCCUGAAGCCUCUGCAAAACUGGAGAGCCUUGUGCGACCGUUGAUGCUUUCCUGCGGUUUUACCGAAGAGAAAAAGGUUCCCGAAAGCGCGUACGCGGUGUCCACAACGACGAAGAGACGGAUGGAAGAAGAGUGGUUCUGCUUCAAGCAUGCGCUGGAUACCGAUUUAGCGGCUGUUGUGCGCUUUCACAAACUUUUGAGUCUGCUCGAAGAACUAGCCGGGGAUGAGGAAGCAACAACAGCGAGAGGGAUGGACUUUGAUACAGCCUCACAAGGAACGUUCGCUCCGGGAGAGGUCAUUGUUUUAGACGAUGACGACGAGGAGAUGGAAGCUACAACAGCGUCAGCAAGACAAGCAGGCGGCGGCGCCACAGCCAGUAAUGCAGGCACAGUGCCAUCAAUAUCAAGAGACGGACUAGCGCCAGCGGGAGGAGGCUUGGCUGACAAUCUUCAGCAAAGAGGAAAUCCACAAGUACCGGGUGGACGCCGAGUUCCCCUUUCGACCGACGAAAUGAGGCAGAAACGGUUAGCAAAAUUGACAGGCGACAGUCCUGCCGGUCCAAGCAACAAACUGGCUGGUGCUCUAGACCCCACCUCAAGAAAUCGAAAGAUCGCUGCAAAUCGAGCAGCUGCUAGCGUUGCCGCUACUUCCAUUAUGUUGCAGAGAAAAUCAGUGCUUCGAUCUCAAGCUUGGCUUUUCUUGCAUAAGCAUUUACUGUACACGAUAGCUUUCCUCUUUAUGGGGUUGUCAUUUUUGGAAUUUGAUUACACUCAGUUGAGCAAAUCACGCAGUCGUCACUUUUGUGCUCGCUCGCUAAGGUUGUGUCAGUCACUCCUUGAGCCGACGAAGCCGUCAUCGCUUGUCGCUUGAUUAGUGGCCGUCAUUGCUUAAGCGGACGGUGCCGCCACCGCUCACGUGCCGGCUCGCUUAAGGAGCGACCGUCACCACUUAAGUGACCAGUGCUCUUACCGCUCACGCGACGGCUCGCUUAAGUGGUGACUGUCACCGCUUAAGCGACCGGUGCUGUCACCGCUUACGCGACAGGUCGCCCAAGUAGUGACCGUCAUCGCUUAAGCGACAGGCAGCCUAUGUGGCAAGUGCCCGUCACUGCGCUCUCAAUGUUGUCUUCGCGUCAGUGUGUCUCACCAUAAGUGAUGCUAUGAGUUUUUCCUGUAGUGCAAAGCGACUUUUGUCUGUGCUCUUUUUUUUGCAGCUUCAUUUUCCGUGUUGCGCAGAAUGGAACGACUCGAAGCGUGCGCACUACUGCUAACUGGGGUGGAAUGUGGCGUCUGCUAGAUCGGCAUAGCACGGAUGUGCCCAAUAUCGAUAUUCGCACAGUGCCGAACAUUAAUAACCCGGUUUUUCGUGGAGAAGAUUUUCAAGGCGCUGGUGGCAGUUCUUCCUCGUCCUCCAGAACAGCAGGAGGUGGCAGUCGUGGAGGACACCUUCCCGGUCCACAAGCGCUGUCAGACCGACGAGCACAGCAUUUUACGUUAGAAGACGUGGAGAAGUUGCGGUGGCGCGAGGCUAUCCGGGACACGCCUUUGUACGCAGAGCAGUGGUGGAACGCACAGCCGCAGGCCAAAGGUUACACGGAGGUGCAGCGGCGCAACUGCGACCCGGCGUACUUGGGCCGACGCGCACUCGACUUCACGAAUCGCUUCCGUGGACAGCAUGGGCUUCCCCCGCUGGUGUGGAAUGAGUCGAUGACAACGAUCGCCCGAGAGCAUGCCAUUCAGAUGGCAAAGGGCGAAAUGCCUUUUUCGCACGAUGGGUUCAAUCAAAGAAUGGCGCGUUUUCCAUUCCACAGUUACUCCUCCGCGGAAAAUUUGGCUUACAACCAAGGCCUGUCCGAUCCGGCCGCCGUGGCAGUGGAUGGAUGGAUCAAGUCGCCGGGGCAUUGUAAAAAUCUGUUGAGCCUCACAAAUCUCUGCGGGAUCGGGGUCGCCAUGCGCGCGGAUAGAACGUGCUACUUUACGCAGCUUUUCGCGAAAACAAGCCAGGGUCUCGCGCCAUAGAAUCUAUAUUCGAGUGGAGUUUCUCGAGAACAAUUAUUAUGUUCACAAAUUCACAUCUGAUCAUCCGCAUGUCCAAGAAUGUGUUAAUCGGUCCCUGGUCCAUCCAUCCGAUGCUCGGCAAAUAAACCUGAUCAUAUGAUCCCACCCAUGACAGACCAUAAUUUUUUUCGGGUAACAAGCACGCAACAUGGUGGCAGCUUGAUUUGAAUUUGAAUGAAUUCGGCGUUGUUUGCUUGUGCUGGAAUUCUUUUGAUUUAUUAUACUCUUCAACAAAACUCGAACGGAGGAACUGACAUGUGAAAUGUGUUCGAAUAUCUCGCCCUUUACAUACUGAGACGAAAAAAAUUUACAAACCCAUUUUGGAUCUUUUAUAGAAUCAUCUGCGGGUGACAACGUUCCCAGAAUAUACGAUCCUCAUAGUAGGUUAGGGAUAUUUUUGAUUUUACCUGUUUAGAAAAAUAGAGAAUUAUGUGGGAUCUGUUCGUAACAUGUCGGAUCCUUCUUUAACUUGUUUCAGUUGAAGUUCGUGAAAUCGGCAACGUACCUACACAUGUACAACAACAUGACUUCUGUUUUACAAGCCAAAAAUUCCAUGUCCUUGUCCCAUUUCAGUGAGCAGUAGCAGUGAAGUUUUGGAAUAGACGGAAUUAAUUUUUGUCUUGAAAAAAA